AUGGAGAAGUCCAGGAAAAAAUUUACUGAUCUCAUAGACAAGGCAAUAGCUACUGCUAACACAAUGGAUCGUGAUGAGCUGCUUUUUUCUUACAAGGGAAUUCUCUACCCUGUCACUUUUUGCAGUACUGAAGUUUUCAGAGCCAUGGAGUCCUUCGAAGCCAGAAGUGAUGAUGUUAUUUUGGCAGGAUACCCUAAAUCUGGCACAAACUGGGUAGGUCAAAUCUUAAAUGAUCUGAUAGCCAUAUUUCAAAUGAAAACACAGAAUAAAGAAAGCAAUGUGAAUGAUGAACUAGAAGAAUUCCCCUACCUCGAAAUUGGAGAUAUUGAUAAAUAUAAGAGAAUGGAAAAUUUACCUUCUCCAAGAUUUAUGUGUACUCAUCUGCUUCCUGAAAAUCUUCCCAGGUCUAUCUUCAAAAAUAAAGCCAAGAUAUUGUUGCUGGUUCGCAAUCCAAAAGACGUAGCUACAUCUUUCUAUCACUUUUGCAAUGCUAUGUCUCCUCUUCCCUCCUAUGAGACCUGGGAUGAUUUCUUUAUAGCUUUCAUGACAAAGAAAAUGCCCUGGGGAUCCUACUUUGAAUACCUUUCUGAAUGGAACAAAUAUGCUGCUGAUGAAAAUGUUAUGACAAUAACUUAUGAAGAGCUGAAAGAGAAUCCGGUCCUGGGUGUGGAAAAUAUAGCUGCUUUCUUUGGGAUUUCCCUGACUGAUGAAGAGCUUCAGAGUGUGGCAGAGAGGAGCAGCUUCAAGUCAAUGAAGAAGAACUCACAGAAGACUCAUGGGGCAUUUGGCAAUGUCCUCUUUCGCAAAGGUGGUGUAAAUGACUGGAAGAAUCUUUUCAGCGAAGAUCAGAAUGAGAAAAUGGACAAAACAUUUGAAGAACAUGUAGGAGGAACUAAACUGGGAACUAAGUUGAAGUAUGAAGUGUACUGUAAAGCCUGA